GGCACGUGGGCUGCAGGGCAGCAGGGGCCGAAGGGCAGUGCGCGAUGGACACGCGUGCGGUGUGAAGUGGGUGUGGGGUGCGCACACCUAGGGUGCAGCCAUGCGGCAUGGGAUGCAGGGCAGCGUGGAGCACAGGCAGGCUGUGGCUGGCGGCCAGGAGGGAACUGGGGCACUGCGUACAAAGUGUCUAUUCAGGGCCUCCUCUCAGUGCCCAGCCCCUGCGUGUGCCACCCACGUGGGGCACGGAUCCCUUCGAGUAAACCCCUUAAUUCCAAGGGGGCACGAGGAGUGGCCCCGGGCACACGAGGAGGUUUAGCCCACCUCUAAGGAGCAGGAUUUAGCUGGGGGAUCUGGUGCCAGCACAGCAUGCGAGCUUUUGCGAGCCCCGUGCUUGCAGGGAGUGGGCACUGAUGCCCCACAGCAAGGAGGAGCGGGUUCAGCUAAGGCCAGGGGCCAUGUGGAGGGGCACCUGGCCAAGACUGUUCUUAAAGGGAUCCAAACAACCUCUCGAGGUGGUUCCCCUUAGGGCUGCUACGCCAUCCCAAGAUGCCUUUUCUCAGGAUGAAGCACCCCCUGAGUGCUGUCUCAGGUUGUGCAUGGUUCUGCAAAACGAUUUGAGCUGCACUGAGCAUGAUGGCCACGAUGCCAGAGUGGCCAGGGCAGCACAGGUCACCUCUGGGCAGGGCUGUUCAGGAGCCCCCACGCUGAUGUGAUGUUCCCCUGUCACACACAUUGCCUUGCUCAGUGGGCUGUAGAGAAACCUCCAUUGAGCUGAGCCUUGCACCAGGGCUGGAGUGGGAAAGAACAGGGAAACUGGGAGGUCUCCAGUGGACAGCAUUGCAUGGUGGCCCUGGCCAUGAUGGCAUUGGUUGGGGCCUUGGCACAGGUCUGGGUUUUCCCUCUGUGCUCCCCUCUGCCCUUCAUAUGGAGUUCCAUGCCUUCCUCUUCCUCCCUCCUUUGCAGUGGGGGCUUGGUUCCAUUUGCAGGGCAGCCCCGUGGAAAUGCAAUCCAUAAAUCCCAAUGACAUUACAAAACAUGCCUUGUGUAAGCCCCUUCAGCCCUGCUCUGGUGCUGAGCCCUGCUCUGCCACCUCCCCAAAAUCCCCAGUGCCGUGAGAACCCAGCUGAGCUCCUCUCUUGGGCUGGGGAAGGAGCCGUGCACAACCCUGAGCCCAAAAAGAGUUAAGGCUGCAAAGGCUCCCACAACGCUUCAGCGUGCUGGGAUGUAGAUGUGCCCACAGACCUGUGUUUUGUCACCCUGCUGCACCCACACGUGGGCCCAGCAUGGUACCGGCCACAUCCUGGGGCUUCCCUCCCGUGUCGGGCCACAGCAUCAGCCCUGGGGGGGAGCUGGUUCCAGUUCCCGAAGCUCCAAGUUGUGCACUGCUACUCGGGGACGUAGCAGGAAAACAAACUUUAACAUCUACCUCGUUUAUUUAUUUGUUUAUUCGUAUUACUCCCAAAGCUGCAGAGCCCCUGGGUGGAUGCUGGCUUGGGUGGCCCCGCUGGGGAGGAGCCCGAGAGCCCCGGGCAGGACCGGACCCGGGAGCAUCCUCCGCUGUGGACACCACCCCGCAGCUGCAUCCUGCCUAUGCGGCCGGAUCCACAGUGGGACCUUGCCAGGCUUUGUGGGGCAGAAGCUGGGGAAGAGAGCUGUCCCCCUCGCCCCGGGGGAAGCAGGCCGGGCUGGCAGGCUGCCCAUCGCCUGCCUCUGCCCCUGCUCCGUGCUAAUGACUGCCUUUUGUAACGUUUUAAUGGGGUUUCUUGCCUGGGCUGUGCUGGCUUAAUUGCAAAGCUGCGCUGAGUUGAUGCCUUGUGACGGUCUAAUCCCAACCCGGUGACUCUACAAAGCUUUCUGCCGCCUUCCGUCCCGCUCCACUCCGGCCUCGCCCUCCCUCUGGCUCGGCCUUCUGCACUGACCUGCUGCGGACAGUUCAGCUUCGCCUCUCCCUGCGCCCUGCAGCCAACGGAGGCCAGAGGACAACAUGUCUGCAGUGACGGGCACCUUCCGCAUCGUCUCGGAGGAGGAGCAAGCCCUGCGCACCAAGCUGGAGCGCCUGACCACCAAGGACCACGGCCCCGUCUUUGGCAGGUGUGAGAAGAUCCCCCCCCACACCCUGCAGAAGGCGAAGGAUGAGCUGAACGAGACGGAGGAGCAGAGGGGAGUGGCGGUGAAGGCGCUGCGGGAGCUGGUGCAGGAGCGGGCGGGCGGCGAGGAGGUUUGCAAGGCGGUGGCCGAGAAGGUGCAGGGGAAGGACGAUUCCUUUUUCCUGCGCUUCAUCCGCGCCCGCAAGUUCGACGUGCACAGGGCCUACGACUUGCUGAAAGGCUACGUCAACUUCCGCCAGCAGUACCCGGAGCUCUUCGACAACCUGACCCCCGAGGCCGUGCGCAGCACCAUCGAGGCCGGGUACCCAGGCAUCCUGGCCAGCAGGGACAAGUACGGCCGGGUGGUGAUGCUCUUCAACAUCGAGAACUGGGACUACGAGGAGAUCACCUUCGAUGAGAUCCUUCGUGCCUAUUGCGUUAUCCUGGAGAAGCUGCUGGAAAAUGAUGAGACCCAGAUCAAUGGGUUCUGUAUCAUUGAGAACUUCAAGGGCUUCACCAUGCAGCAGGCGUCAGGGAUCAAACCCUCCGAGCUCAAGAAGAUGGUGGACAUGCUCCAGGACUCCUUCCCAGCGAGGUUCAAGGCUGUGCACUUCAUCCACCAGCCCUGGUACUUCACCACCACCUACAACGUGGUCAAACCGUUCCUGAAAAGCAAACUGCUGGAGAGGGUCUUUGUGCACGGGGAGGAGCUGGAGUCCUUCUACCAGGAGAUCGACGCUGACAUCUUGCCAGCAGACUUUGGUGGGACCCUGCCCAAGUAUGAUGGCAAAGCAACUGCAGAGAAGCUCUUUGGGCCCCGCAUCGAGGCCGAAGACACAGCUCUCUAGAGAUGGGUUCACUCCCCCUCCCCUCUGAAAUAGGAUCAGAGGUGGUCCCCUAACCCAAACCACCUCCUUACUGUAGCAUUGCUUGAAUGACUGCUCACGAUGGGGGCCUGGAUACUUUGCUCCACGCCUGCCUCUCCUCUCCCCAAACCUGGCAGCAGGCUGCCUGGCAGCUCUGCCCCUCCUGGGCAGAGCAUCCUUCCCUGGGCAGUCAGCAGCAAAAGGAAGCCCUUAGCCCUCUUCUGCAGCACACUCUGGGGCUGCAGGGAGAGGACAAGGAGAGCAACAGCUCUGGGAAGGGAGGGCUCCAGCGAGGGAGAAAUAAAAUGUUUAACAUCAGA